AUGACGACGCCUAUACACUCUCCUCGUCCAAGUUCUUUCGCUUCUUCACGGAAUAUUUUAUCCCCGGCUCUUCAGCACAACGACCUGAGAGAUGACGCUCUCUGGGAAAAGAUCCAUCGCAUUUUGGCAUUUCGAAAGAAUGUCGCUCAUAUGGUGAAUCGGAGGGAUUCUAUCAGUACCAAGCCCAGAACCAGAGAGCCUCCCACCACCAGGCCCAUCAGCCACACACCAAUCAACCACACGCCAAUCAAUCACACGCCUAUCAACUACACACCAAUCAAAUCCAUGCCUAUCAACCCCAUGUCUAUCAACCAUACACCUAUCAACUACACACCAAUCAACCCCAUGCCUAUCAACCAUACACCUAUCAACCAUACACCUAUCAACCAUACACCUAUCAACCAUACACCUAUCAACCAUACACCUAUCAACCGCACGCCCAUCGACAUUGUCAGUGAUGGUGUCAGUGACGAAAAUGAUUUUCUUGACAAUGUUAUUUUCUUGGUAAAUGAUGACUCGACUAGCUACCAUGACUAUCGUCAUAGUACGAUUAAGCCCAGGAAUUCUGGCUUUUCAGAUGAUAGAGUCUUGAGCGAAAGUGUCACGCUAGCGGACCGCUCUAGCGGAUCAGCGAAUGACGCUGGAUAUAGCGCUAGCGCUUCUAUCGACGAUGAAUCAUCAAAAUGUAAGUCGGACCCAGGUGUGAAGCCCUUACCGAGAAGCGCCCAUACCCCUGGGCUCUGCUGGGUGUGUCGCCGCCCAUUUCAGCUUUCUACUGAGUUCCAAGACAAUUGGAAGUGCUUCCAUCAACCCGUUGUCAGCAACGACAGUGAACUUCCGCCACCGAAGAGGUUUACCGCAGAGGAUCAGCCCGCCAUGCAUGCUUGCUGUUGGGAAAUCACUUGCAAGGUCUUUGAGUGUUCAAGUCUGAACAUGGCUCGUCGCGAAGAUUUGAUCCGCUGUCUCUAUUACAUGAGCAACUUUGCUGAAAUCACUCCUUUUGACUCCGAGACUAAUGCUCUUGAUUUGGAGCUAUUCACUGAUCCAGACUCUGUACCUUCUCCACCGGAAGAAGAGAAUUCUCAACUUGAAGUUCUUCUUUCUGAAGUUCUAGGAUUGCUCCAUGAAAAAGAUGGCCCAAUUGGAAUCGAUAAGCUACAGAAAAUCGACCCAUGCUUAGCGCAGUGGAUGAAAAUGGCAAAUUCGUAUUCUAUCAGGAUGAGCCGGUGUCCAAAUGUGAGACUUCUCUUGCAACGCGUGGUGAAAAAUCUCAGGCAAAGUGAUGCCUCUCGAUUUCCGAAGGCAUACAACUUCCGCGUGGCAUGGUACAAUGUCCAAGGGGUGAUUGAUGCCAUGGAAAACAUACCUCAGCCUAGGAUGAUCUUGCUCGAUUCUCGAAUGAAGGGUCGGGGACAAUACGCCAGAUAG